UCGCGACGCGCUCUUUCUGUCUCUUGCCGUGACCACCAUUUCCUUCAGUUCCUUCAGUUCUCUAUGAACGAAACACUAAUUAAUCCUUUUAAUACUCUCACUCAUCCUACGGCGGUACAAACAUCGUUUUAUGCAAUCGCUUCUUUCGCACGCUUUGACCCGUCGGGAAGAUAUAUUGGAGCUGGCAAAUACGAUGGUUCCGUAUCCAUUUGGGACCUCGAGACAAGAGCCCAGAUACGGACGUUGGAUGGACACGUCAAGGCUGUCACCAAUCUAGACUGGUCAAGGAAUUCUCGCUUCUUGCUUUCGUCGUCAAAGGACUGGAACGUAAUUAUCUGGGACCUCGCCGCAGACUGGGACCCCCCUCAGCGGUACAAAACUAUCCGAUUCGAUUCACCAGUGUUGUCAGCUUCUUUCCAUCCCAGAAAUAGUAAAAUCAUCGUGGCGCUUAUGGACACGGGUGAUGUAUAUCUAGUGGAUCUUCGUAAGGAACACCGUUCGCGGGUUGAGUUGGUCGAAGUUCAAGAGGAAGGAGAGGAGGAUUCACGGCAAUCUGAUAUGACAGUUGUCCGAUUCGAUCCUUCAGGGAGGUAUAUCUUUGUAGGUACGUCGGCGGGUACCAUUUUGGUGUUCAAUACGAGAACGAAAGUAAUGAUUGCGCGCCACAAAAUAUCUGGGGCGGGGGUCAUUAAGGGUCUUGAGUUCUCGCGAACGGGAAGGCGUUUAGUGACAAACUCUUCGGAUCGCACCCUGCGACAGUUCAACGUACCAACGUACCAGACGAGCAAAGACGGAGGGGCAUGCCUCGAGCAAGAGUUGGAACCCACACACCGUUUCAAUGACCCUAUCAACAAGACUGCAUGGCACUCCAUGGCGUUCAGUCCGAAUGGUGAAUGGUUGGCAGGGGGAGCCGCCGAUACCGCAACACAUAAAAUAUAUAUCUGGGAUAUAUCUAACGAUGGCCAGUUUGCGAGCGCCUUGGACGGCGGGCGGGAGCCGCUUACCCAUUUACAUUGGCAUCCGUUCAAGUCGUGUAUGGCAUCUACUACGAGACAUGGAAACAUCUUGAUAUGGCACAGUCCAAGUCCGGAGCGAUGGGGCGCGUUUGCGGGAGGGUUUGAGGAGGUAGACGAGAACGUUGAGUAUGAGGAGAAGGAGAAUGAAUUUGACAUCGAGGAUGAAGCAGAGAUUCAGAGGCGCAAGAUGAAAGCCGAGGAAGAGGAAGUUGAUCUUGACGCCGUUCCCGAUGAUCCUGCUCAGUUCAGCACGAGACUAUCGGUUCCGAGAGACGAUGAGGAUUUCACGUGGGCGGACAAGGAGCCGGAUGACGACAGUCCGUGGAAGAUGAGGAUCAUUAUGGAGAACGAUGAUACUUAGUACGUCGUCUGGACUAUAAUUUCUGUAUACACCUUCUCGUGAAUAUAUGCCUGCCUGCAUAUAUUUUUUGGGAUUCCGAUUGUAACCUGCUGUAUUGUUCCUAGUUUUCGCAUUCGUAGUCCAAGUCCGAUGGUGUUUUUUUUUUUU